UACCGACACGCUGUCGUUUGUUGUUCUUUACAAGGCCAUCAGUUCGCCUUGCUUGCUUGCUUGCUCACUCUCCAUAUCAACACUCCAAUCCCGCCGUGCCUGUGAGCUUCCAGCCACGCAACAAACAUGACUCUCUACUACAGCCUUGUCUUCAUCCUCUUGGUGACCGAGAUGGUCAUCUUCUGCUGCCUAAUCGUACCUCUGCCAUUCACAUGGCGCCGCAAACUGUUCACUUUCAUCUCGGAGAGCCCCAUCGUCGCCAAGCUACAAUAUGGCAUGAAGAUCACGUUCAUCUUCAUCCUCAUCCUCUUCGUCGAUAGCGUCAACCGCGUCUACCGCGUCCAGGUCGAACUCAGCGCCUUCUCCAAGAGCGAGUCACAGGGAAGGGCUGCCGUCAUGGGCGGAUCGGAACGCAUGGAAGUCCAGGCCCGCAAAUUCUACUCCCAGCGCAACAUGUACCUCUGCGGCUUCACCCUCUUCCUGUCCCUCAUCCUCAACCGCACCUAUGUAAUGAUUCUUGACGUGCUCCGUCUCGAAGAGGAGGUCAAGUCCCUCAAGGGUGACUCGAAGACCAAGGGCAAAGGCGCUUCCCUCCCGAAUGCUGGCAGCCCGGGUGAGAUUGCCAGCCUGAAGGAGCAGCUCGCUGCCAAGGACCGCGAUAUGGCCAACCUGAAGAAGCAGGUGGAGAACAUGCAAAAGGAGUACAAUCGUAUGGGCGACCAGGUCUCUGGCUCUCGCGGCGCUCCCGGAAAGGACGAGUAAUAGUCACUCGGACGAGAAUUUGAACAAGCGAGACCUAAGCCCAACGCCCUAUGAGAGCUACGCUAAAUCAUUCGACAUUGUUGUGUUGGACUUCGUUCGGAUUCUGAAUAACAAAAUGAAUUGAUAGGAAGAGCCCAGGGGGUGGGCGGCACCAUACAGUACAUUAAUAUGAUUGUAUUAUUAUGUUUCGAGUGCAAACAUAGCGAGGACUGGUAGUGGAGUUCAAAAUGGGAGUCUCCUAUAACGAAUCUUUGGUCGCUCUAUACUCUGGUAGCAAUGACAUGAUUGGCUAAACACAUG